AUGAGUAAACUGAUUAAUUUAAAACGUCUUAUUUUCAAAGAACCUUUGGAAUAUCUUUUUGAGUUUCCAAGAGGGACUGGGAGAUUGAGCUCUCUUACAAAAUUAGGUCAUUUCUUUGUAGGUGGCAAGGAUGAUAGCCAAAGAUGUGGACUCGGAGAAUUAAAAGAUUUGAACCACCUUCAAGGAACUCUUAAAAUAUGUAGGCUGGGGAACGUGGUAGAUGUGUGUGAGGCCAAGAAUGCAGAGCUCAAUAAAAAGAUAGGCCUCCGUGAUUUGUAUCUGUACUUUUCUGGAGAGAACGUAGAGAAUGAUGGAGGAAGAAUGGAGACUGAUGUAUCAGUUCUGAAUGCCUUAGAGCCACCUCCAGGCUUGGAGAAGUUAGAAAUUGAUUCGUACCGGGGCACCACAAUGUUCCCUAAUUGGAUGAUGUCCCUAGCCAAAUUGAAAAGGCUUUCUCUGUCAAAUUGCGAAAAUUUAGAGCGCAUACCUCCUUUGGGAAAGCUUCAGUUCCUUGAACAUUUAAUUAUAGGUGCUCACGCUUUUCCAUUCAAAAAGUUGGGUGUUGAAUUUUUGGGAAUAGAAUCUGAAAACAAGAAAGACGGCAUAAUAAAAAUAUUCCCAAAUUUGAAAACUCUCCGGUUUUUCCUUUUGCUCAAGUGGGAAGAAUGGAUUGGGAUUGAAGGACAAGAAGAGGAAGAUUGUAUUAUUAUAAUGCCCUGUCUUCAAAAGUUGCAAAUUUGGACGUGCCCAAAGUUGAAGUCCCUGCCGGAUUUCCUUUUUAAAACUUCAUUGCAGGAGUUUGAGGUGAGUGGCAGUCCGAUUCUCUGCAAACGUUACCAAAGAGGGACAGGAGAGGACUGGGCCAAGAUUUCCCAUAUCCCAAACAUCAGGAUUGAUGGAAUUGAAGUGCAAAGAGACGAUGAUGAAGAAGAGUUUGACCAAGAAGAGCAGUCUGAGGACGAAGAAGAGGGCCAAUGA